AUGGCCCCUCUACGUGUCCUCGUUGCCCUCGCUCUCGGGGCCGGCCUCGUCACCGCCAAGCACGCCGACCCACUGCGCGAGCGUGACCUUAAGAAGCGCGCAACGACCCUGAUUCCCGAUACGUGUUUUGACAGCGAGGAUGAUUUGGAGGAGUACUUUAACUUUGCGUAUCCUUGGGGUGACACGGUGAGCAUCAUCGACAAUGCCUACCUGCAGCUCGAGUCCGUCUACACAGGCCCACAAGCCUCCGACUCGGCCCUCAGCUACAACUCCGGCACGAUCUACGCCAAGCAGUACUUCACAGUGGAAGCAGACGGCGGGCUGGACUUCCAGGCCAACUUUGUGGCACCCGUGGCGGAGGGCUGCUGGCCGGCGUGGUGGCUGGACGGCGUCAACAGCUGGCCGCCCGAGAUCGACCUGGCCGAGUGGAAGGGCGACGGCGACAUCAGCUUCAACACGUUCAACACGAGCACCGUGGUCGCCGCGCAGGACUAUGCGUACUCGACGCCCACCACGGCGUGGCACACGAUCCUCGUCGAGCUGCGGCCCGAGGACGACGGAACCACGCUCAAGGCCGAGUUCUACAUCAACGGGGACCUCAUCACCACCCAGUACGGCUCUGACAUGGUCGGUGAGCCGUUUUACAUGAUUAUCGACUACCAGAUGCUGGGCAGCAGCGGCUCCACCGGCCCGACUGAGACGACUUACUUUGACGUGCAGUAUCUCAGCGUUGUGAGUUAUAACCCGUAA